CGGCCCCACUACAAAAUUUAGUCGCACUCUAGACUUCACGAAGUACAGACGUGUCCAACUGAGUGGAGUAACGCAACGCCAUUCGCAUUGGAUUAUUUCGUCAUAACAUUUGUGAUAAGUGACAAAUUUUCAUCAGGACGUGUAUAGUGGGAGUGAAAAAAUACAUACAUUUUUUUAUAUUUAUCUGUGAACUUAACCGGACAUCGGUUGUGAAUUUUUGAUAUUUUUCUGUGGAUUAUGACAUUCUACCCACAAUUUGGAUAAUUACUGAAAAGGAGUACCAGAACACCGCAAAUAUUUUUAACCACAUUGAAGAUUCGUGCGGACCUAUCGACGUCCGCCGAAACAUGGUUGCUGAGUUCAUCCUGAGUCAGCAGCAGCUGCUGAGCGCGGGCGCGGGCGCUGCCCUUGGCCCCGCCCCUGUGCAAACGCGCGCCCCGCCGCCACCCCGCGCGCGCCUCUCCGUAUCCCCACACUUCCCGAUGGAUCAGGGACCGCCGUCCAACGGGAACCCUGGAGACCCCAACGACUACCCGUCGUUCGACUUCAAGCGCAAGGAGUUCUUCGGACAGCGCAAGCAACGCGAGUUCAUCCCGGACAGCAAAAAGGACGAUGGAUACUGGGACCGCCGCCGGCGCAACAACGAGGCCGCCAAACGCUCGCGCGAAAAGCGCCGCUUCAACGACAUGGUGCUCGAGCAGCGCGUCGUCGAACUUUCCAAGGAGAACCACGUACUCAAAGCACAACUUGACGCCAUAAAGGAGAAGUACGGGAUAUGUGGCGAAAACCUGAUAAGCAUAGACCAGGUUCUGGCCACCCUACCCACCUGCGAUCAGGUGCUCUGCGUCACCAAGAGGAGUAAACUGUCGGGAACCUCCCUGUUCCCGCCGGCGCCGCCACCACCACCCCCGGCGCCCCCCGCAUCUCCGCCGUCGCCGCCACCACAACGCGCUCCGGAACCAUACCAGGAGAGACUUCCAGUUCCAGAAGCGUACUACCCUCACCCCGCCCACUAUGAGCCGCCCGGUUCAGUCCUCAACCUAUCCCGAUCUCGCCGUGCCCCCUCUCCGUACGAACUGUCCUCCCUCUCGGGCUCAGGAGACGAGACCGCCGAACAGUACGCGCCGGAGAACAACUGCUUGCCACUCAAACUGCGCCAUAAAUCUCACCUAGGCGACAAGGACGUCGCCAGCGCCCUCCUCUCCCUCCAGCACAUAAAGCAAGAGCCGGGCCCGAGGUCGUCCCCCUCGUGGGACGGCGAGGGCUCGAGCGACGAGCGGGACUCCGGGAUCUCACUGGGCGCGGAGUACAGGCCGCAGCCCGACAGGCUUCCUGAAGAAGAGGAGGCUCAUUUAAAAGUUGAGCUGGCGCGACUCGCCACCGAAGUGGCCACUCUCAAGAACAUGAUGAAUCAGAACAAGGCGCGCGGCCACGAGCACUGAGCGCCGGCGCAGGUGUUCAGAGCUCGCCCGCGCGUUGCGCCUGGACCGCGCAGCUCCGCAGCCCGGCCGCCCGGCACGGCGCCGGCACUAGGCGCCGCGCCCGACUCGCUCGUACAAACUGUCUCUACGCCCUUCCCUAGUAGACGAAGUUACCACGUUGUAAAGAGAGUUAUAUUGUAUGAUAUUGUGCAGCUGUGAGCGGCUAAGCCGUCUCGCCUACGUCCUUCCUAGUAGUUGUAUAGUGUGCGUCGCACUAUCGGUGCCCGCUGGCCCGCUCGUGCUCGCUUUACAGACUUUUCGAGCAGAUAAAACUUGUCUACUCAGUGAUAGAUUAUAAAAAAUGCAUUUUUAGUGAUGAGCUAUAUGUAUAUGUAAUAAGUAAGAAGUGGAUCUGUUUCAUCUAUUCGAAGACUCGAUAGUGAAAAAUCGACGGCUAAAGACUAUGUUCUUAUAAGUUGUAAUUUUAAGAUGUAAUUAAGUCCAACUUAGAAUGUUAUUUAUAUUAAGAUUAAAAAAAUAAAUGUAUAUUUCUCAAAUCGGAAAGCCCGUUAAGUUUCAAACCAAAAAAAACGUGUUAGGUCCUCUACGCUUGUCGAUGAAAUCGCAUAUGUUAGAAAUAUAUUCCACACAACAGAUUGUAUUGAAUAAUCAGAAUAAGAUACCAGUGCCUUUGAAUACAUACCUACCUAUAUAAUAGCUACCUAAAUGAAUAUUUUUGUACACUUAUUGAGAUAAAAAUAGCGAUUUCAUUCAUUGGAUAUGUCCCGUACUGUGUUUUCGUAAUUCGAUCACAACUCCGAACGUUCGCAUGUUCGUGACGAUUGUAUCGUUUGCGCAGGCGUGGUAGGGGAGUACAAAAUUGUCGAAUCCUAAGACGGCUAGUUGUGAAGUAUUCCCGCUGUAUUGUAAGUUCCCUAGUGUUGGCCCAAGGGCAUGUGAUAGGACUGAAGGGAUUUUAUAACUAAGUAUUUAUUUAUUCGGACCGUGAAAGAGGAUUUUACAAUUUAUUAUCUUUGUAUAAGAAACACUAUACGAUAUGAAUAAAUUGUGUACAUUACAAUUA